GCGGAGCCCGCGAGACCCACCGGCCAAUAGGAGCAGACGUCAAGCCGAGGCUAUUUAAAAAACAGAAAUAAAAGAAGUAACGCGUGUUAUAUUUACUAUUUUAAAAAUGCGUGGCUUUCUCCUCAGUGUCGGCUUUUCAUGUCGUAAACAGCGAGCAGCAGGAGGGCAAGAGGAGCCGUGUUUCACUCCGUAAAAACCCGCAUACCGACACCGACACCGCGGGCUACAUAACGGUACACUGCCGAGCAGAAUGGCCUGGAUCUGUAAGAAGAAGUGGGUGAUAGCGAGCAGCCUGGUGUUGGCCGUGUCCCUGUUCUUGUUGUUGGUGAAUUACUCGGAGAAGCCGUACUUCCGGCUACAGCCGAUGCUGGGACAGAGUUUCGGCCCCCGAUGGAUGUCAUCAUGGCAACACAAAGCGGCACGACCACAUCCGGGCUAUGUCAGUGUGCCCAAGAAGGAGCCGCUGAAGCUGAGCUGUAACGUGUGCAGCGUGGUGUCGAGCUCGGGUCAGGUGCUGGGUCGCGGUGCGGGCGCCGAGAUCGAUCGCGCCAGCUGCGUUUGGCGGAUGAACAACGCUCCGACGCAAAGGUACGAGAAGGACGUGGGUAACCGCACAAACCUGCGCAUGGUCUCACACACCAGUGUGCCGCUCCUGCUGCACAAACCGCAGCAUUUCUUCGGCCCGGCGUCCAAUGGCACCGUGUAUGUGGUGUGGGGGCCGCGGCGCAACAUGAGUCCGGACGGAAGUGGUGUCAUCUACAACAUGCUGCGGCACGUCGCCGCCGACUUCCCCAACGCUCGCAUCUACGUCACCACUGACGAGCGCAUGGACUACUGCGAUGACGUGUUCAAGAAUGAGACGGGCCGUGACAGGAUUACAUCGGGGUCAUACCUGAGCACCGGAUGGUUCACCCUCAUCUUAGCCAUGGACAUGUGCAAGGAGAUACACGUGUACGGUAUGAUCAACAACACCUACUGCAAAUCUGAAGGCUACAGGAAGGUGCCGUAUCACUACUACGAAGCCGGAAGCCGCGACGAGUGUGCCGAGUAUGUCCUGCACGAGAAUGCCCCUUAUGGCGGCCACCGCUUCAUAACAGAGAAGGCAGUUUUCGCCAAGUGGGCCAAGACACACCCCAUGAAGUUUUUCCACCCCGAAUGGCAGCUGUCAUGACCAACACAGGACGACGCCUUCUCUUGAGCACCGAGGCCUGAUUGGUCCAAACACUUCCUGUCUUAAUGCACAAACAAGCAGCAAUGAACAGGUCAGAACAAUCGUCUCAACCCAUCCUGAUUACUCACUGGUCACAGCGUGAGUCUAAUGGGAUAUCAGUGGAAGGAGGAGAGCCUUGCUAGGAUGUUUUAUGGUGGUGGGACACUGCAUGUUUCUAAGGACAACAAGACAGUUCCAUAGCACAUAGACAAUUCUCAUCACAACCUAAACUACACGAAGGUUUUCUGAAAAUCUCUGGAGAAGGUACGAAACAAGGUAGCCAGAGACAAAUGAGCCGUAUUUACUAACGUCUUGCAUUUAAAAAACAGACAACAGUACUAUCUUGUGCUUUACCUCUAUUGCGUAUGCAUUUAUAGCAGGGGUUUUUACAUUUUUUCCCCACUACUCCCACUAAUGUCACUAGUCCCAGUAACAAUAGCCUAUCAGGCCUGCCAGUGGUGCCAUUAAGCAGACCUUGCAUACUGUACACCCAUUAAAAUGAUUUUGUUUAUUACCAUGAUGAUCCCCCAAGGACCAUGUUGCAAUCCUCAUCUUAAGAACCCCUGAUUUAUAGGAAUUUCCUUCUCGAAGUGCAAAAAAAACACAAGGCAGAGGAUUACAGUAAUCAAACGAUUUAUUCACGUUUAUCACGGCUGGGAGUUUUAGAGUAAAUCUGGAGACCCAAAUAAGCUCUUGGCAAUUUGUCGUUUGUUUGGUUUUUUUCCUUCAGCGUACUGGGGACCGACAACCAGUCAGCUUUACUCUUCUGUACUCUCUGUACAACCUAAAAAAGUUCCUAAAGGGUUCCUUAAUAGGGUUCCCCCAGAGAUAUAAAGUGAAGACCCUUUAAAGUUCUGGAUGUUUGUUUGGUUUUUUUUUUUGUUGUUUUU